CUUGCAUACGUUUCAAUGGAUAUAAAAAAGAGAAUAUAUUUCUUUAUUCUUUAUUCUUUUUUAUAUAAAUAUAUUCUUAUUCCAUGUCAAGUUACCUUCAUCACAUUAACUCAACACAGACAUUGUCCUCUCCUGUAGUCGAUGGUCAAGUAGACCAUGUUGUCUUUGUUAUCCAUGGUAUUGGCAGACAAACAGAAAAAUUUGGCUUCUUUCAAAAGCAUUUACAAAGCCUGUUUGAUACAACAAAUGAAGCCGUAGAAAUGAAUCGUCCAGGAACACGGGUUAAUAUCCAAUAUAUCCCUAUCGAAUGGCAUAAGCACAUACAUGAAGAAACAGACGCUAUCAUGGACCAAGUUACACCAAGGUCCAUUACUGGCUUAAGAAUGAUCAAUAAUGACUACUUGGCCGAUGCCUUCUUUUAUCUGUCGAAUGACCGUGGACAGAGUAUCAUUAAUCAUGUGACCCAAACAUUUAAUACAUCUUACCGUAACUUUAUGAAUGCAAAUCCAGGGUUCAGCGGUAAAAUCGCUAUUGUUGCCUACUCAUUAGGCGGCAUCAUCACUUGGGACAUUUUAUCUCACCAAGCGCAUUCCAAUAAGUCUCUUGAGGAUAUCAAAAGGAUAUCCAAAUUAGAUUUACAUUUCCCAUCUCUUGACUUCAAGCCUGAUUACCUCUUUACUCUCGGAAGUCCUUUGAGCGCCUUUCUGAUUGUUCGAAACCAGGACCCCAAUGUAUACCAUCCAGACCCUUCUAUUCAUUUUGAAAACAUAUUUCAUCCCUUUGAUCCCUUAGGCUAUCGUUUUGAACCAUUACUCACCGACGCAUACAAGAAUACCCCUGCUGUCCUCGUUGACAGAUGCUCACCUCAGUUCACAUCAUCUUUUAUCUCAUCUGCUACCACCUUUCUACAACAGAUCACAAGUCAUAGUAUGUGGGAUCUUGGCCGUGCUCUGAUUUCAUCACUCUUAAGGGGCGAUUGCCGCUCCAAAAAGCACGAGGAGCUGCAUAAGACAGACAUAGAUUGCUUUGUAAAUGAAGUGCCCAAGCUAUCGAUUGAUACUCAAGGUACAUUGAGUGACGAUGAAGAAGAAUGCCCAACGCCUCCCGAAACACCGACUUUCCCUUUCAAGAAACGUGGCCGCUCCCCUUCCUUUUCGUCCUUUGACGCUAUGUCCAAUAAGAAGAUCUGCUGUGAGGAAAAGAUCAGUCCAUCAGAUCAAGCCUUACUCGACACAACACGGACCAGAGGCUCCACUGUCGCCGAUGAUUCGUUUGAGCAUGAUCUCCCUCGUCGACUCGACUUCGUUCUUCAACCUGAAAAAUUCAUGGGCGUGGUCGAUAAGAAUCCUUAUCUUUGUGGAUUGACUGCACAUUUUUCGUAUUGGACUCAUAAAGAUCUCAUGUGGCAUAUCGUUCGUCGUCUUGAAAAUUAAACCCUUUUCUCCUUACUUUAUAAAUACAUAUUGUGAAAGAAUAGGUGUGUAUCUUGUGA